AUGACUAGAUUCGAUUCGACAGACGCCCCAUUCGAGGCAUCAGCCUCUUCAUCAAUAACAGAGGCCGAACCACCAUAUCACAUCCUCUCCAAAAAGCAAAAAUGGAAUCUCGUUAUCUUUGUCUCUCUGGCCGGCGCCUUCUCACCUCUAUCUUCCAAUAUUUACUUCCCUUCAAUAGCAACCAUAUCCCACGACCUAAAUGUGGAUUCAUCCCUAGUCGCUUUGACAAUCACCGUGUACAUGGUCGUUCAAGGGCUUGCACCUUCUCUCUUCGGCACUUUCUCGGAUACUUGUGGUCGUCGGCUCACGUUUGCGAUUAGUCUUACCAUAUACACGGCUGCAAAUCUGGCUCUUGCUUUUACGUCGAGUUACCCUAUGUUGAUGGUGCUACGAGGUGUGCAGGCUGCAGGUUCUGCGGCGACUAUUAGUAUAUCAGCUGGCGUUAUUGCUGACAUUGCUUCUCCGGAUGAGAGAGGCGGGUUUAUGGGGACGAAUGCUGGUGUGCGUAUGACCGGUCAAGCCAUCGGCCCUAUUAUCGGAGGUUUACUUAACAGUGCAUGGGGUUUCCGAAGCAUAUUCUGGCUGCUUUUCGUCAUGAGCGUGAUUGUCCUCGGUGCUCUUCUUGUGUUCCUACCUGAGACACAACGCAGCAUAGCAGGGAAUGGCAGCGUUCCUCUCUCCGGCUUCCGAAAACCAUUGAUAUACAUCCUGAAACCACCUCAAGCAUGGCAAGGCGAAUCCUACACAGACCCGAAAGCAACAACAAACCGCGCUUCAGACCAAGCCCGUGCCAAAAUCUCCUUCAAAAAAGCCUUCGCGCCCAUGGUAUACCUCUUCGAAAAAGAUAUCGCCGCACUCCUAGCCUGGGGUGCCGUCGCAUACACAGCCUGGAGCAUGGUGACAUCCUCCACCACAACGUUACUCCUCCACAGCUUUCCGUUCCUAACGCAAUGGCAAAUCGGUCUCUGUUUUCUGCCAAACGGACUCGGCUGUAUCUGCGGUUCUCUCAGUACAGGCUGGCUUUUAGACCACAGUUUCCGACACGUCCAGGCCCGUUUCAAGGAGGAGCACGGCAUUCUAUCACAUGAAAAUGUCAUUAAAAGAUCCGAUUUCCCUUAUAUAAAAGCUCGUCUUCGUCUCGUGCCGCUGUUUAGCGUCAUUCUCAUGGUCUCUCUUGUCCUUUACGGGCCGAGUUUCGAAUUCAACGACUUGCACAAAUUUUACAGCCCUAAUCUUGCGGCGCCGCUUAUACUUCAGUUUAUCAUCGCGUUUACGGCCACGGCGAUAUUCAAUAUUAAUUCUACGGUGUUGAUUGACUGUUUUCCAGAUCGGCCUGCUAGCGCCACUGCACUUAAUAAUUUGUGUCGUUGUCUGUUGGGCGCGGCCGGGGUAAGUGUUAUUCAGCCAAUGAUCAAUGCUGUGAGAGCCAUGAAGGCUUUUUCUAUUGUGUCUGGGGUGGUGUUGUUGUGCAUGCCGUUGAUAUGGGUCGAAUGGAAAUGGGGCGAGAAAUGGAGGCAAGAACGAGAGAAGAGGCUAGAGGCUAAUUAA